CAAAAGAUUCCAAACAAAGCACACUACAUUCUUACUAUAUUAUUUUCUGCUAAAUUAGUACUUAAUGAUGGUUUCGAUGGAGGCUUUAGCGAUGGCAGGAGAGGAUUAUCAACAAUGGGGACUUAGUAUUGACGAAUGGGAGUUUCAAGAAUCCGUCGUUCCGCCUCAUUUGCUUGCAGAUGAUUAUUCUUCUGAAGAAGAAGAUCAUAUAAACGGCGAUUGUAAAGUUUUCGAUGGAGUAGAGGCUAAACAAGCUGUUACUUGUGACACUGAAGCUUCAGUUGGAAAACUGAUUGAACAAUAUAUAUCUCAUAUCAUUGUUCACCUCAAGCAGCUUAAGUUAUUAACACAUCUUCUUGAUAACUUUUUGUUUAGCUACGUUCUUGAUUUUCUUUUGUCAUCCCUUUCUUAG